ACACACGCUGCCUCUCGGUCUGUAUUGGAAGACAGCGCAGCACAUGCAGUAAUUCCCGCCACUUAAUUGAUUAACUGCUUAUUUGAAGUGGCUAAUUAGAUGGGGAGUGUGUCGAGUGUGUGAGGAGGGCUGGGGAGUCGCUAGCACGCUUUAUCUCCGUGCGCGCGUGUCUGUCUGAGGAGCUCCGGUACCUCACUUCACUCUGGAGCAGGAGGAGGAGAGAAGAAGAAAAGAGAUAGAGAGGCAGCUGGGUGGGGAGAUUUUCACAGCACUCUCCCUCAUCUGACAUGGCCUCCGCGUAGGAAUCUGGUGCCACUGCAACAGAGGAGCUAGGCAGCAGCGAGGUGUCUAAGGUGUGAGGAGAGAGAGAGAGUGCUGGAGAGAAGGCAGGAGAGAGAGAACGAGAGAAUGAUGGCAGUGGAGGAGGAGAAGCCAGGUUUGAAGAGCAGCAGCUCCAUCGUUCCCUGCUUCUUGUUUGUUGAGCUGGUGAUCAUGGCAGGGACGGUUCUCCUGGCGUACUACUUUGAGUACACAGACACGUUCCCCGUGCACAUCCAGGGCUUCUUCUGCUACGACAAGACGUUCUCCAAGCCCUACCCCGGCCCGGAUGAAACCAGCAAGAUACCCCCACUGCUGGUCUACUCACUGGUUACAGGCAUCCCAUGCUUCACGAUCCUGGUAGGGGAGCUGGUGGCGUUCUUUCUGAAGGCUGAGGGGACGCAAGAGAAGACCAUAGUGACAGCAGACUGCUGCUACUUCAACCCCCUGCUGCGACGCAUCGUCCGCUUCCUAGGGGUGUUCUCCUUCGGCCUGUUCACCACCACCAUCUUUGCCAACGCGGGUCAGGCGGUUACAGGAAACCAGACGCCUCACUUCCUGUCUGCCUGCCGGCCUAACUACACGGCCCUGGGGUGCACAUCCAACAUGCAGUACAUCACCCAGCCCCGUGCCUGCACUGGAAACCCCCUGGUAGUGGCAUCCGCACGCAAAUCCUUCCCCUCCAAGGACGCAGCCCUCAGUGUCUACUCUGCAGUCUACACUGUGAUGUAUGUGACGCUGGUAUUCCGGACCAAAGGCACUCGGCUGACCAAGCCUACGGUCAGCCUGACCCUGCUAUGCCUGGCCAUGCUGGUGGGAGUGGUCAAGGUGGCAGAGUACCGCAACCACUGGGCCGACGUCCUGGCCGGCUUCUUCACUGGAGGAGCCAUCGCUGUGUUUCUGGUGACAUGUGUGAUCAACAACUUCCAGCAGACGAGGCCCCCUCCCCCUCCCCCGCGGCCACAGCGCCCUGAGUCAGUGCUAGGCAUGCCCAUGGUGGCUCUGCCAUGUGUGGAGAGUCCUCUCGAAAAGUUAAGUGGAACUCAGACUCCGAGGGGGUCUCCUUUCACAGAGAUCACAUGACCAUCAGCCGUAUCGGUUCCCCGCCACCCCAGAUGUCCUCAUUCCGUCUCGCUCCAUUUCCAGCGAAGUCUAGACCAGCCACACGAACAUGAACACUCACACGAACACCACUGCGCCGCCCACCCGGCAGGCCGCUACUCCACCCUCUACAGAUCCUACUCCACGCAGGUCUAAACUUUCAAAACACACGCACACAAACACAACACACACAGCAUACUCAGACCUCUACAAACCUCCCCCUAACCUUGUCCAAACCCAAACCCCUGGGGGAACUGAGAGCUCUCAAAGUGAGACUCACAAAGACUUAACAGCUGUCCAGCUGAACAUUCAGUACAGUGUCAGGUACAGGUAUGCCUCUUUCAUUUUGUUGUUUUCAGAGGCUUCUUUUUUGUUUUGCAGACUUUUUUUGAAUGUGCUUCAUUGUGUGAAGUACACAUUUCACUGAUAUUACAAGGUGAUGUUUCAUCUUCUACGUGCUUGUAAGGAGAAACUGUCAAUCCAUUUGACAACUGUGUUCCUUUGUGUUUUCAACUCUCUGCAAUGCAGCCAGUCAUCCUGAAACACUUCAGUCAUGUGUGUCUCUGUACACUUGUAAGAUGAACCCAAACAACCGCUGAAUGAGCGCUCUCUGCUGGCUUUAGAGAUCAUUUUCAGUAUCCUAGAAUGCGCCAGUCAUCAUAUAUCUGCACGAGUCAACAAACUCAAGUGAACAAUUGUUUACGGACCAAUCACUUUCUGUAGCAACUGUGGUACUUAUUUACUGUACCUUCCAAAUACAGCAUAGAGACAACACACACAGAUCAAGAUCCUGGUAGGUCUACACGCACCGCAUUAGCUCUCUGGCAGACCUCUCUUCAGCUCUGCAUGACAUUACCCAGAUCAAAGGAUUAUGUUCAUAUCACUGAGGAGAAGACAUUACAAGAACAAACAGGAUGAAACUGCAGACGGUUUAUUUUUCUCCGCUUUCAAUUGGUUGCUUCUGCAGCAAGUCAGCAUGAAAUAUAUAUAUAUAUAUAUAUAUAUACAGAUUUGGUAAGACCGGAUGAGACACAUUUUGAAAUACAUCACAAGUGACAGGACAUGAGCUUUGUACAGUACCAAACAUUUUCUUUUAAACUCAAUGUAUCUGGACAGGGAACCUUGGUUACCAAAGCUUUGUCAUUGUGAUGUCACUAAAAUACUUGUUUACUUACACAUCCCUUUUGCCUGGAAUGGAACGGAUCACAUCGGAAUGGAACGGAUCACAUCGGCAUGGAACUGAUCACAUCGGAAUGGAACGGAUCACAUCGGCAUGGAACGGAUCACAUCGGCAUGGAACGGAACGCCACACUGGAAAACCAAGAUUCCCUGUCUCUGGGCCGUAGAGAGAUAUUAUUGGACUUUGCCUAUUCAUGUGAUAAUGUGAUUUAUUUAUGAGGAGAUUGAUCAUAGAUGUAUUUAUUUGAUGUGUAUAUAUGGUAUGGUUACCACAAACAGUUUAAUUUUGAUUUGCACAGCCCUCACUCAUAUCCAGUGGUGUAAAGUACUGAAGUAAAAAUACUUUAAAGUACUCCUUAAGUAGUUUUUUGGGGUAUCUGUACUCUACUAUUUAUAUUUUUGCCAACUUUUACUUGUACUUGACUACAUUCCUAAAGACAAUUAUGUACUUUUUACUCCAUACAUUUUCCCUGACAGCCCAAAAAAUGUUUAUGCUUAGCAGAACAGGAAAAUGGUCCAAAUCAUGCACUAUUCAAGAGAACAUCCCCGGUCAUCCCUACUGCCUCUGAUCUGGAGGAGUCACGAAACACAAAUGCUUUGUUUGUAAGUUAUGUGAUUGUUGUAGUGUGCCCCUGGCUAUCCGUAAAUUAAAAAGAUGUGCUUAAUAUAAGGAAUUUGAAACUAUUUCUACUUUUACGUCUAACUAAGUAUAUUUUAACAAUUACAUUUACUUUUGAUACUUAAGUAUAUUUAAAACCAAACACUUUUAGACUUUUACUCAUGUAGUAUUUUACUUGGUGACUUUCACUUGAGUCAUUUUCUAUUAAGGUAUCUUUAUUUUUACUCAAGUAUGAUAAUUGGGUACUUUUUCCACCACUGCUCAUAUCUCACCCUCCACUUUCCACUCCCUCCCACUGGCGUAUGGUUUUCUUCUUUGUGUUGUAUCCUGACUAUACUGUCACUGUGCUGUGGAAUGUUUCCCUCUGCUGGACAACACACACAUACACACACGGAAACGCUCAUAAGAAAACAUAUAUUUAAUAUUGACAAACUUACCAAAAUACACACACUUUUGGACGAACAUACACAUGCUCACCCAACGAAACAAACAAACACACACACUCACUUACCUCUCCUAAUCUCUAGCCUAUACCUCCCCUCUUUUCCACUUUCUUACACUUAAACCUGUUUGUAUGGUUUUGUAAAUAGUUAUUUUUUUGUAAUGAGAACGUGAUUUUUACACAGACACCCCACUGCUCUCCUUACAUUAAGUGGUUAUGGAGAAAUGGGAACAUUAAUCGUAUCAACUGUAUUACUAAAGACAAGAGUGUAUGUAAAGGUCCUGGUCCACUCUAAAUCAGGCCUGGAUUGGACCUCUCCUCAUUCCAAAAUGGCAGCCAUUCUGCAUCAAACCAGGUACCCUCCCGGUCCAAGGUUGGAGUCAACCGAAGAUGGCCCGUGUUUUUAUGCUAACAAUAGAAUCCCCUCAUGGUUUAGUUUCUCUUGUAAUAGUUCACCUGCCAGUCCAUAUUGGGCCAGUAACCGAAAGGUUGCUGGAUUGAAUCCCCAAAUUGACAAGGUAAAAAUCUGUCGUUCUGCCCCUAAGCAAGACAGUUAAUCAAUGCCAUUGGCUCCCAGGGAACAGUGGGUUAAGGCAGCCCCCCAUGCCUCUCUGAUUCAGAGGGGUAGGGUUGAAUGCAUUUAGUUGUACAGCUGACUAGGUAUCCCCCUUUCCCUAUACACCAAAGUCAGUGAAUUAGGACAAAGUGCACUGUAUACUACUAUCACAAUUUUGAGGGGGUCUGUUGCUUUUACAUUUAAGUCAUUUACCAGACGCUUUUAUCCAGAGCGACUUACAGAAGCAAUUAUGGUUAAGUGCCUUGGUCAAGGGCACCUUGUCAUCUCGGGGAUUCGAACCAGCGACCUUUCAGUUACUGGCCCAGAGCUCUUAACUGCUAGGCCAAAACUGACAUCAACUACAAAAUACUACACAGAUGGCUUGAUUAAGUUUUUGGUCAGAAUGUGUGUUCCUUGGUGCACAUACAAUACAUCUGCAGUUUGAUUUAGUUAUAUAUUUUUUUUAAACAAGACGGUAAAUAAUGCAGUAACAUAGGAAAGUGUUUUGAGUUUUAACACUUCAUUUCAUCUUGUUACAACGUACCCUCUGUUUUGUAAAGAUUUGUCGGAUGAGAACAAUAAAUGGAUAUUGCAAUAAAAAGGA